AUGACACAAGUGAGUUUUUCUAAUUAAAUUUUUUUCAUCUAAAAGUUUCAAAACAAAUUUUUUUUCAGUACGUUUUUGAAAUGGCAAUGACUUGUGGUGGAUGUGCAAAUGCGGCUCGAAAAGUUCUGGGAAAGUUAGGAGGUUUGUUUUCUGUCUUGUUUUUAGACUCAUACUCCAUAUAAAAAUCGAAAUUUAAAAAAAAUGUUGCCACGUCAAUUUUUGACGCCAAAAUGCAGAUUUUUUUCCAGAAGAUAAAGUAAAAAUCGACGACAUCAAUGUUGAAACGAAAAAAAUUACAGUAACUACGGAUUUACCCGCUGAUGAUGUAGGUUUUUUUCUAUAAAAACAAUUGAUUUAAAAAAUUCAAAAUUUUUGCAGAUCCUUGAAGCUCUUAAGAAAACUGGCAAAGAAAUUAAGAGAUUACAAUAA